CAACACAGCUAAAAACUAUUACUGGCAGUACUAGGACAGGUAUACAAAGACCUUCAAAACUACACUGCCAUCUAUGUGAGACAGUGUAGACAACAGCAUAUCAAGUCAGCAUUUCUUGCUGACUUCUAACCAGCUUUUUUUCUUUUUUUACCAACGUUUUUCUUCCAGAUAUUCACAAACAUAUAAAACUGCACUUCUCUUAAAUUAUUUGUAAAAUACUGUUUGUUGAACAAUCUGUUUUUUGCUGACACCUAAAAAAAAGUAUGGCAAUACCAGCUUUCUUUAAAAAAAUUACAAAAUGUGCAGAAAAGUGUGCUUCCUGUAAUCUUUCAAUGAAUGUUGUGUGCAAACAGUUACUGAAACCAUAUCAGUAUCAGUAAACAAUGGUAAUGUAUUGGAUAUUUUAUUUUGGCAGUAACAGUCUACUUGUGUUUAUAGAAUGGAUGAAGAACUGAAGAGCUUCUUAAGAAAAAGAAACAUUGAAGAGGAAUGCAUACAACAACUUGAGAAAGAAAAGAUCGAUACGUCUGUAAUCCCUUUGAUGGCUGACAAAGACCUUGCAAAAUACUUUCCAAAAGCUGGAGACAGAGUGUCUGUUGUUGCAUUCUGUCGACAAACAGACACGUCAGUUGACCCCAAACUCAGAAAGGAGUCUAUUUUAGCACGGUUGCGACGUAGACUGUCCCCAAGAGAUGAAGACACUGGCACUCCAUCCAGCAAAAAAAGAAAUCUCUGGACGGGUAAUAAAAGUGCACAAAAGCAGCAAAGACGAAUAGAAGUUGGAUGGAUGGAUUUUGAUGCAAAAGAUCAAAGAUACAAGCAAGUAAAAUCAAUAAAUGGUGGUGGGACAAGACAGCUCACAGUAGACAAAGGGACAACUGUGGAAGAAAUUAGAGAACGUGCUGAGAGUUUGUUUUUCCCGAAUGGGGUGUCCAAGAAGAAAAAGCUGGCUUCCUUCAUCACAGAAAUACAAUCAUCUCAAAUUGAGGUCAACAGCUCAGAUACUGUCAUUCAGUUAUAUGAGAAAAGUGGAGUAAGGCUGCUGAGACUGUAUCUCUGUACAAAAGUAAGGAGAGAUACACCCACUGAAGACCCAGAAGACCAACAUUCCCAGCCAACCGUUGACCUUACAGGCAGUGAAGAUGAACAACAAAUUGGUGAUGGAUGUGAGGAAGAUCUUGAUCUGGAAGUAAUUUUUGGAGCAGGCGAGAAUGAUGGUGUAUCAUUAGAUGACACCAUACCAUGUGAAACUCCAGUUGAGCCUCCUACAGUCCCAGAACUCCAGAUAAUCCUGUCACAGACGUCAGAGGGUCCUGUUCCUGUAAUACAAGGCCAUGAAAUAAACCAACCACAGAUGCCAAUGGCCACUGUUCCUGUUAUACUAGAACUUGAAGUCUUCCAGUCACAGAUGCCAGUGGACCCUGUUCCUAUAAUGCCAGAACUUGAAGUGAACCAGCCAGGUGACCAUGUUCCUGCAAUGUCAGAAGUCACAAUGAUUCAGGAGCCACAACUGCAAGCUGCUUUGGACACUACAGUGCUGCAUCCUGUUCAUGUUCUUGGAACUCCAGAACUUACAAUGACUGAGCUGCUACAUACGCCAGAACAACUGGUACCUGAUUAUCCUGAACCUGCAGCUGAAACCCUAAUCAUUCGUCGAGGACAUUGUCUCCUUGACCUGAUUAAUGCUUUCAAAAAUCCAGCCAUUCUACACUCCAAGGUCUCCAUUAAGAUGCGUCUUCCAAAUGGAAAACUUGAAGAAGGGGAAGGAAGUGGUGUUUUAAGGGAUUGCUUAACAGAAUUUUGGACAGAAUUUUAUGAGAGAUGCACUUUGGGCAUGGAUGUGAAAGUUCCCCUUAUUAGGCAUGACUAUCAGUGUGACGAGUGGCAGGCAAUUGGCAGAAUUUUUGUAGUAGGAUGGUUUCAAGCACGCUACUUCCCUGUACAACUGGCCGCUCCAUUCCUAGAAGUAGUUCUGUAUGGCACAAGUGCAAGUAGCCUAAAGGAUGCAUUUUUGCAGUAUGUCUCUGCACAAGAAAGAGAGAUCCUUCUCAAUGCUUUAAAAGACUUUGAGUCUGUCGAAAAUGAUGCUUUGUUAGAUGCCCUUGAGGCCCAUGAGUGUCACCAGGUUCCUACCAAAGAAAAUUUGGUCCCACUGCUAUCACAAAUGGGACACAAGGCCCUUAUACAGGCACCAAUGUACAUUAUUGAGUGUUGGCGUCCAAUUGUAGAAGAGCUAGCAAAUGAUGUUCCACCAGAUGCUCUGGACGGUAUCCUAAAGAAGAAAAUUCCAACAGGAAAGGCAGUGAAGGAUCUCCUUUUCUUCCCAGAAGAAAUGAAUGCAUCCCAAUCAUUAGUAGCCCGAUAUCUAAAGAGAUACAUAAGUGAACUUGAUUUGCAUACACUUCAACUAUUCCUCCGUUUUUGUACUGGUUCCAAUUUGAUUGAUGGGCCGAUUACUGUGGAGUUUAUUGAGACAUCCGACUUCCAAAGAAGACCACAGUCGCACACAUGUGCCAAGAUAUUAAAGUUGCCAAUAGGAUACCAAAAUUAUCCUGACCUUCGCAGUGAUUUUAAUAGCAUACUCUCAAGCUCUGUGUGGGUUAUGGACAUUGUUUAGAUCAGGUUCCAUGUAGAUACACAACACCACCAAUAAAAUGUGUAGGGCAGAGGGUUUCCCAGGACCAGGAUUAAUCACAAAGUGCCGGGUUACAGAUUCCCACAAAUGGUCCUAGAAAUUGUACCCAUAUGGUUUACCAUAUUGAAUCACUCUGUAGCCUUGCGAUUUGUAAAUAAUCCCCUCUGCCCUGCAUAUUUUAUUGGUGUCCCUACUCACUUAUUGGUUGUGUUAAUGGAAUUGGAUGCAGCUUUGGAGGAGGAGGUAAAAAAAAAUGUUUGCAGAGCAGGUGGAGUUCAUGACCACUGCUCUAGUGUACAAAUUCUCAACCCUGGUCUUGCAAGACCCUCUACCCUCCACAUUCCUCUAAUUAUUACAUGAACCAAUUGUAAAAGAUUAAAAUCCAUCUAUAAAACCUAUAAAAUGGCUGGGGACCAUAGGUACGAAGUAAGAGUUUCUAAUACACUGAUCACAGAGUAUGUAAAAUCUUUAGGAAAUUGACUGCUUUCUUAGUUCCUCACAAUGACACAAUUAAAUUAAACAGGUUUUGUAAUUAAAAUGUUGUUCAAAGUAAAUGUGGUUAAAAUCUACAUUGUUGGUAUUAAGGCAUGCUUUAUCCAUGCAAAGUAUUGAUAGGUGGCAAAGCCACACCAGAAUAAUCUCAGGUUUUAUUUAUUUAUUUUUUUUUUAUGUUUAUGCAUACUGUUUAUGCAAAGAUAUUUUAUGUGGCUGUUUUAUGCCUAAUGUGUAUUCUUUGUAAAGGGACACUAUGUAGGAUUUUCUUGAUUAUUCAUAAUUUUUGAGAUGGAUAAUAUUCUGCGUAUUACACCUCAAUGGAGCAGAGCAGAGAUUUAGAAGUUGUAAAUUUACUUCUUAAAAGAAAUAUAUGAAUAAUCAAGAAAAUCCUUCAUAGUGUCCCUUUUAAGAUGAAGUUCAUAUUGUAUCAGUACAUUUUGAUUUUAGUUUAUAGUGAAAGCUGAUGUAUUGUUGAAAAGUAAGAAUACACUGAGAAUAAAGAUUUUAUAAAAUUACAGUCGAAUGGUAUACCUUUUUAUUUAGACAUUUUUGUCUCUGCAGUGUUGCACAUCCAGAGAUUCAUACUAAGUCUGUUUUCUCUAAGAACAUUUAAAUUGUUGUACCUUGUUGU